UGUAGAGACCGCGAAGGACGGUGGGGCAGGACCCACCUGAUUCAGCAUCAGAGUGAACGAAAAUGUCUUUAUUUAAAGCCCGUGAUUGGUGGUCUACUGUUCUGGGAGAUAAAGAAGAAUUUGAUCAAGGCUGUUUGUGUUUGGCUGAUGUUGACAAUACUGGAAAUGGACAAGAUAAAAUAAUUGUGGGCAGCUUUAUGGGAUACCUAAGAAUCUUUAAUCCUCAUCCUGUAAAAACAGGAGAUGGAGCUCAAGCUGAGGAUUUGCUUCUAGAAGUGCAUCUACGAGAUCCAAUAUUGCAAGUGGAAGUAGGAAAGUUUGUUUCAGGUACUGAGAUGCUUCAUUUGGCUGUGUUGCAUUCAAGAAAAUUGUGUGUCUACUCUGUCUCAGGAACCUUGGGUAAUGUGGAACAUGGGAACCAGUAUCAGAUCAAAUUAAUGUAUGAACAUAAUCUUCAGAGAACAGCCUGCAAUAUGACUUAUGGAUCAUUUGGUGGUGUGAAAGGUCGUGAUUUAAUUUGUAUCCAGUCUGUGGAUGGGAUGCUGAUGGUGUUUGAGCAGGAAAGCUAUGCUUUUGGGAGGUUUCUCCCUGGCUCUCUUUUACCCGGCCCUCUUGCUUACAGUUCCCGAACAGAUUCCUUCAUUACUGCUUCUUCCUGCCAUCAAGUGGAAAGUUACAAAUACCAAGUACUUGCUUUUGCAACGGAUGCAGAUAAAAGACAAGAGACUGAACAACAAAAACAUGGGUCUGGAAAAAGACUAGUUGUAGAUUGGACUCUAAAUAUUGGAGAGCAAGCCCUUGAUAUAUGUAUUGUGUCUUUCAUUCAGUCAUCAUCUUCUGUUUUUGUUCUUGGUGAGAGAAACUUUUUUUGCCUUAAGGAAAAUGGACAAAUCCGAUUUAUGAAGAAACUUGAUUAUAGCCCAAGUUGUUUUCUCCCAUAUUGCUCAGUUUCUGAAGGAACAAUAAAUACUUUGAUUGGAAACCAUAAUAAUAUGUUGCAUAUUUAUCAAGAUGUGACACUGAAAUGGGCCACUCAACUUCCCCAUGUUCCUGUAGCAGUAAGAGUGGGCUGUUUACAUGAUUUAAAGGGAGUGAUAGUCACUCUGAGUGAUGAUGGUCAUUUGCAGUGUUCAUACCUGGGGACAGAUCCUUCUUUGUUCCAAGCUCCAAAAGUUGAAUCUAGAGAACUAAACUAUGAUGAACUUGAUAUGGAGUUGAAAGAACUUCAGAAAGUCAUCAAAAAUGUUAACAAGUCACAAGAUGUUUGGCCCCUGACUGAGAGAGAAGAUGACCUGAAAGUCUCUGCCAUGGUUUCUCCUAACUUUGAUUCAGUAUCUCAAGCUACUGAUGUUGAUGUGGGAGCUGACCUUGUCCCUUCAGUCACAGUGAAGGUCACACUGAAGAAUCGAGUAGCAUUGCAGAAGAUCAAAUUAUCAAUCUAUGUGCAACCACCUUUAGUACUAACUGGUGAUCAGUUCACCUUUGAAUUUAUGGCACCAGAGAUGACUAGAACUGUAGGCUUUUCCGUUUAUCUGAAAGGAAGUUAUUUACCACCUGAAUUGGAAGGAAAUGCUGUUGUUUCUUAUUCCAGACCAACAGAGCGAAAUCCUGAUGGCGUUCCUCGAGUUAGCCAAUGUAAGUUUAGACUUCCCCUGAAAUUAGUCUGCUUACCAGGCCAGCCUUCAAAAACUGCAAGCCACAAACUAACUAUCGAUACCAACAAAUCUCCAGUCAGUCUUCUCAGUCUCUUUCCAGGCUUUGCCAAGCAGUCAGAAGAUGAUCAGGUGAAUGUAAUGGGUUUUCGCUUCUUAGGAGGGUCCCAAGUUACACUUCUUGCUUCUAAAACCUCUCAACGAUACCGCAUUCAGAGUGAACAAUUUGAGGAUCUUUGGCUUAUAACAAAUGAGCUUAUCAUCCGCCUUCAAGAAUAUUUUGAAAAACAGGGAAUCAAAGAUUUCACAUGUUCUUUCUCUGGAUCUGUGCCCCUUGAAGAAUAUUUUGAGUUGAUUGAUCAUCAUUUUGAGUUGCGGAUAAAUGGUGAAAAAUUAGAAGAACUGUUGUCUGAAAGAGCUGUACAAUUUCGGGCCAUUCAACGUCGGCUGUUAACAAGGUUCAAAGAUAAAACACCUGCGCCCCUCCAACACCUGGACACCUUGCUAGAUGGAACUUACAAGCAGGUAAUCGCUCUAGCAGAUGCAGUAGAGGAAAACCAAGACAAUCUGUUCCAGUCAUUCACCAGGCUGAAAAGUGCCACCCAUUUGGUGAUUCUGCUGAUCGGGCUGUGGCAGAAGCUCAGCGCAGACCAGAUUGCUAUUCUGGAAGCGGCAUUUCUGCCACUGCAGCAGGACACUCAGGAAUUGGGCUGGGAAGAAACGGUGGAUGCUGCUCUUUCUCACCUCUUGAAGACCUGCUUGUCGAAGAGUUCCAAGGAACAGGCUUUGAACCUCAGCAGCCAGCUGGGCAUACCCAAAGACACAGGCCAAUUGAAGAAGCACAUCACCUUGCUGUGUGAUCGAUUAGCCAAAGGUGGACGUCUCUGCCUAAGUACUGACGCAGCAGCUCCACAGACCAUGGUCAUGCCAGGUGGCUGUGCUACAAUCCCAGAAUCAGACCUAGAGGGAAGAGCAAUAGAACAAGACUCCUCUGAACUGUUUACCAACCACAAACACCUCAUGGUGGAGACUCCUGUACCUGAAGUUUCACCCCUCCAAGGAGUCACAGAAUAGUUCAAGUAGAGUUGUCUGAAUGAGGGGAAGAUGGCCUUCCAAAGGUUGAUCCUGUGUGGACCUCGUACCAAGCAGAGGAAGGCCUGGCCCAGGUGCUUCAUCCAGCUUACCUGCCAGGAGAUAACAGUGUGUAGAGAUGGGGAUCGGGACUUCUUAUUUUUCUAGGAGGACUUGUACUAAUAUGGGCAAGGCAGCUGAACUUGUCUUACCAGGAAAGGAUGUUGCUGCUUUUUGGUCAUCUGUAUGAUUUCAGCCACAGGAUGUAGU